AUGUGCGACCAACGCUGCUAUAUCGUUCCUCCUCACCUCCUGCAAGCUAUUGCCGACUCGACUAGCAAUCCUGAAAAGGUCCGCGAGUCCGCUAAAGCAUGCCUUCUUUCCCGCGAAAAGGUCUCUCUGGCCCGCAAGGAGCUCUUCGCCACCCUUGCCCAGCCGCGCGGAUACACCACUCAACAACGACACCAGAUUGUUCCUCCACACGUCUUUCGACAGAUUUCGGACGCCGAAGUGAAUGACGAAGAAACUCGUGCACGUGCAAAGGAUAAUCUGGAGCAUGUCGAAGGGGUCAUUGCCCAGUACAAGUCCUCUCAAGGCGCCGAAUCUGAGGCUCAGAGUCUCAGCGCACAAGCCAAAACAAAGCCACCUAAAGCAACACACCGUGCUGUGUAUGAUGCCGAAAACACAACCAACGAGAGAAGCCUGCCAGGCAAGCUUGUCCGAGAGGAGGGCCAAAAGGCCGUCGAGGAUAAGGCAGUCAAUGAAGCCUUUGACAAUGUCGGAUCGGUUUUGAAGUUUUACAAGGAAAAGUUCAAGUGGACCUCGAUCGAUAACCACAACGCCGACGUUAUUAGCUCUGUUCACUUUGGUGAAGCGUAUGAGAACGCAUUCUGGGACCCCACGGUCCGCCAGAUGGUCUUUGGUGAUGGUGGUGAUUUUCUUAACAACUUUACGGCUUCGAUCGAUGUCAUCGGCCAUGAGCUCACGCAUGCUGUUACCGAGCACACCAGCCCUCUCGAUUACCAAGGCCAACCUGGUGCCCUCAAUGAACACAUCUCGGACGUAUUCGGCAUCAUGGUGAAACAAAUGGUUCAAGAUGAAAAGUCGGAUGCCGCUGAUUGGCUCAUCGGCGAAGAUUGCCUCCUUCCUGGUGUCAAGGGCAUGGCCCUCCGCAGCAUGAAGGAACCCGGCACUGCAUAUAAUGAUGCUCGCUUUGGCAAAGAUCCUCAGGUAUCGAAUAUGAAGGACUUUGAGCAAAUGUUCGAUGACAACGGCGGUGUCCACAUCUUUUCGGGCAUUCCAAACAAGGCAUUUUAUCUCGCUGCUGUUGCACUUGGUGGCUACUCAUGGGAAAAGGCUGGCCAAAUUUGGUGGAAAACCAUGAAUUCUGGCAGAAUUCCAACUAGAUGCACGUUUUUGCAAUUUGCGGAUGUUACCGUUGAUGUGGCCGAAGAAGAUUUCAAGGUUGGCAAGGAAGAUCCUGAUGGCGGCGACGAUGGCGACGAUGGCGAUGACGGUGACGACGGUGACGACGGCGACGGUGACGGCGGUGACGACGAUGAUGAUGACAACGGUGGCGAUGAGGGUGAUGGCGACGAUGAUAAUGACGACAACGACGAUGGUGGUGGCGACAAGAAGAAAGAUGACGGCAAGGGCAACGGUGGAAAGGAUGGAAAGGACGGCAAAGAUGGCAAGGAUGGAAAGGAUGGGAAGGACGGCAAAGAUGGCAAGGACGGGAAGGACGGAAAGGAUGGCAAAGACAAAGAUGGGAAGGGAAAUGAUGGUAAAGGUGGAAGUAGAUGUGAUGAGAAGGGCGAUGGCAAGGAUGGCAAGAGUGAAAAUGAUGAAGGAGAUUGUGGCUGUAACUAG